UUCGCGUUCGAUCAGUUGACCGGUUGACGGCCCGUAGCUUGGACGCCUUUUUCUCUACGGUGCAGAUAGGCUGUAGUCCCGUUUCCAGCGCCAUCAGCAAAACACGCACGCGCGCGUACGACCGGUGUAUUGUUUUUUAAUUUUAAAAGUUCGUUAAAAACAUUUACCCUGAGCGCAUCACAUUUUUGAUCCAGUUUUUGCCCAUUCAUCACAAUUCAUCGCCCGGGCCGAACGGGCCUCCGCUGGGUGAUCGUUGGAGUUGUGUUGUGCAAGCAAAGUUUUCCCACACUCGCGCGGAUUGCUGAUCCUCCUGCGGUCGACUGAUAGUGCUGAUAUCUCACCUCCCUCCACCUGAGCUCGUGUGUGUUUUGGGUUGUGUAAGCUUAUUGUGAGCCGACCUGUGAAAAGCCUUCGGUGGUGAAGACGUGUCAACGAGUUAUGUGAUCCGAUCGUUAGCCGAUCGAUCGUCGAUGCUUUGGAGUAACAACACCCGCAAUAACAGCUUCCACCUGAUUGUGAUUAGUGUGAAUUUUGGGGAAAAAGCAAGAUAACAGUGAUCGUGACUUUGUUGUUGUUGUGAGUGAUCAUACAAAGUCAAGGAGCGGGUACGCCAUUCAGAAUCGUCGAAAAUGGAUAAGAAAGAAAUAGUGCUAGUUACGGGCGGUUCCGGGUUCUACGGACAGCACUUGAUCAGAGUCCUGCAGGAGCGGGACAGCAAGGUGGGCGAAAUACGGGUGGUCGACCUUAACCCCUACGAGAACCGGCUCGGUCACACCGAGAGCAAGAAAGUUGUCUCGUACGUCGGCGAUAUCUGCGACGCGAAAGCGAUCGAGCACGCAUUCGAAAACGUUGACUGCGUGUUUCAUCUGGCCGCGUACAUGAACUUCGACUUUCCGCCCAACUACGGGGAGCUGCAGCGCGUCAACGUGGACGGUACGGCCCGGGUGAUCGAACUGUGCCGCCGGUACAGUGUGCCCCGGCUCGUCUUUGCCAGCGACUGUCUCAUCCACAUGACGCCGUACCUGGGCAAGGCCAACUUUACCAUCAUCUGCAACCAGACGGAACCGAAGACGAAGGUCCCGGCGAAGGAGAGCGACUUCCAGGUGCCGGGCUAUCCGGCCUCCAAGUGGCGGGCGGAGUGUCUCGUAAUUGAGGCCAACGACACGCUGCUGGCGAACGAUGAGAAACUAAAAACCAUCGCCAUCCGACCACCGACCAUGUUCGGCGAGUGUGACGAACGGUUCGUACCGUCCAUCACGAAGGUGGCACUCAAGUUUAACGGCAGCAUCCCGAAGCUGGCCGGCCCCGGCGGCAAGCAGCAGAUCAUCUACGCCGGCAACGCGGCCUGGUGCUUGGCCCGGGCGAAGGACGCGCUGGUCGAGAAUGCGAAAAACAUUGCCGGCUAUCCGGUGUUCGUGACGGACGAGUCCGGUAUCGAGGAUACGACGCGCUUCUGUCAGCGCAUCUCGCGUGCCAACGAUACGCUCAAGUUGCGCCCGUCCAGCUACCAGAUCCCGCUGUUCGUGUCCUACUUCCUGGCGUUCCUGCUCGAGCUGCUGGUGAAAGCGCUGCAUCCGUUCACGAAAAUCAAGCUCCCGGUACCGCCGUGCGGGAUGCUGUCGUACAUGUCGUCCAUUAUGCUGUUCAAUCGGAUCCGUGCCUCGAUCUACCUGGACUACGAGCCAAUCUACAGCGAGGAGAAGGCCAUCACGAACAGUGCGCUGUGGUACGAGCGCUGGUAUCAGGAUUACUGCCAGUCGCACGGUCUGAAGAAGCUGAAAGUCAAAUGAAGGUGUGGGGCUUUGCUGGUAAAGCAUCCAAAUACAGUUGGUCCAGGCAGCUUUCCUGCCAGGUGGAUGGCGAAUAGCGAAUGGUCGUAAAUAGAUUCCGAGCAAUGGUUUCGGGGAAAUGUGAGGUUUCUUUUUUUUUCGCACCCUGAUUCGCUCCCCACCAUCAUUGUCUCCAUCCCAUUGAGCACCAUUAACAUACCGGGUGGUAGGAUUUCUUUCCCCUAAAUCGUAGUCCCACCAAAAAUCGGACAUUACUUCUGCUGGGCUGUGUGUGUGUGACUGUGAGGAUCUUCUGUUCCAUUUUCCAUCUGUUUUCCAUUUGUAAGCACCGAGCACACACACACACACCAAACAAGGACCAAAACAUACCCCAAAUCGUUUCUCGGAAGCGGCCCCUAAUGAAGCCGAAGCUCUCGCGUGUCUUUUGCAAAACCAUUUAAUUAAAAUUAACUUCACGAUUAUUAGGUGCCCUGGUACGGUUCCUCAUCACGACCGGAUCUCCCGACCGCUGCACGAUGAAAUCGAUCGUACAGAAAUUAAUUAAACUUGUUUUGGCACGACCGGAGUGUGCGUGCGUGUGUGUGUGGGGGGCCUCGAGGGCCUCCCUGCUGACACGAUACCGUUCAAAAUCUAAUUACCUUCUUCAAUAAUCACGAUAAUCUUUGACAAUCGCACACGGACGGGCUGGCCGCCGGGGCUGCCCGGUUUGCUUAUGCUAAUGUACAUUUUAUUUAUUUCUCCCCUCUCCCGCCCCAUCAUCUGGGGCUCGGUGCUCUUUGCCGGGAAGGAAUGAAAAUGGUUUUCCCUUUUUUAUUUACGAGUUUUUGUUCUGCAAAAGGAAUUCGCUAGUUCUUUACAGUGAAAUUAAAUAAAACAUUCCGCACCCUAUUAGAAGGACUCAGAUUCUAGGUUAAGGGUUUAGAUAGUACUAAUUAAGACACAAUAUUCAGGUGUGUGGCAAUAGCGCUUAGGUCCUGAAUAGCUGGAGUGGUCCUGGAGAAUGCAGUGCAGAGUAGCAGUAGCUCGUAAUAAAAUCUAUCUGGUCUGUGGUAUUUCUUUC